CGACUAAAAGGGUUGUCGUCAGGAAGGAUAUCCGACUGCAAAAAAUGUCUGUACAAAUUAUGAAGGUUGAUAAGCACUGAUGUUACGUCAUACACGGAAAUCGACGCACAGGGACAUCUUCUGAUCUCUGUGAAAAAUAAAAAGUAUAUCAUAGCAUGUUAGCAACCACAAUAAGAAUAACGAAGAGUUUGAGAAAUAUGAGCAUAUGUAGAGGGAAUAUGACUGACAAUGACUGAGGAAUUCUAAAUGUGAUAAAGAAGAAAGAAAACAACUUUGCACGUUAUAUUUGUCUUACACAAAGUUUACCACGUGCAAAUAUAAAUUAUGAAAUAAAAACGUUAAACUUGUGUUGUUAAAAUUGUUGCAGUCCAUUUUAUUCUCUGGCCUUUUCAGAUGAUUACCGUACAAUUCUUCAAAGAAUUUUUUGACUGGAUAAAAUGACGGAAUAAUUGCCCAUACAUUAUCUUUAACUUUGGAUUUUGAUAAAUGUAAACCAUGGCUUAUCAGUUCACCGUGAAUGAAGAACUCGACUUUGUGGACAAGAUAACCAUACGAGUUGGCAUUUGUGCCAUGAAUAAAAAGAGCCAUUCUCGGCCAAUGAGAGAGAUUCUUGAUCGUCUUGAAAAAUUUGAAAUGUUUGAAAUUGUUGUUUUUUCUGAUGAUGUAAUACUGAAUCAUCCAAUCGAAAAUUGGCCAAUAUGUGAUGCAUUGAUUUCAUUCUUUUCAAAAGGCUUUCCAUUGGACAAAGCUAUUAAGUACAGUGAAUUGCGUAAACCUUUCUUACUCAAUGAUUUGGAAUCACAAUAUGUUUUACAUGACAGGUUAAAAGUUUACGAGAUGUUACAAGCAGUUGGCGUGCCUGUUCCUCGUCAUGCUGUUCUUAGAAGAGACAUAAACAAUGUCUGUGACGAUCCUAAUUUCCAAGAGAGUGAAGAUACGAUUCGCGUUCACGAUAAAGUCUUUCACAAACCGUUCGUGGAGAAGCCGUUGAAUGCUGAAGAUCAUGAUGUAUAUAUCUAUUUUCCGUCACAUGCUGGGGGUGGCUGUCAACAAUUGUUUAGAAAGAUUGGCAGUCUGAGCAGUCGUUAUUGCGACCAAAGUCGCGUGCGCAGAACUGGAUCUUUUAUCUAUGAAAACUUCAUGCCAACUGAAGGGGCAGAUGUUAAGGUAUAUACUGUGGGUCCCGAAUACGUACAUGCUGAAGCAAGAAAAUCUCCAUCGCUUGAUGGUAAAGUUGAACGUGAUUAUCAGGGAAAAGAGAUCCGUUACCCCAUUAUUCUUUCAGCUUAUGAAAAGGAAAUCGCCAACAAAGUUUGCAAAGCUUUUAAGCAAACCGUGUGUGGUUUUGAUCUUCUGAGAGGCAAUGGAAUGUCCUAUGUUUGUGAUGUGAACGGAUUCAGUUUUGUAAAGACUUCUCAGAAGUACUAUGAAGAUUGCUCGCAAGUUCUAGGUCAUAUGAUCUUACAGAAGAUUGCCCCACAGCUCCCUAUUCCUGAUCUUGCCAUUGAUGACACGCCAUUCGUUGAUACGACUGAGGAGUCAAUGCUUGAACUACGCUGUGUCAUGGCAAUCAUUAGACAUGGUGACAGAACGCCCAAGCAGAAGAUGAAAAUGGAAGUGAGAAAUGAGAAGUUUUUUGAACUGUUCAACAAGUAUGGUGGUACAAAUGAUGGUAAACUAAAACUGAAGAAACCAAACCAACUUCAAGAAGUCUUGAACAUCGUGCGUUGUUUUGGAACGCGCAAAGGAGCAACAUGAUCCCGAGAAAAAAUAUUUGAAUCCCAACAUAAACUUGAACAACUUAAAAGUGUUCUUGAAAUGUAUGGCCAUUUCUCUGGCAUAAAUCGUAAAAUUCAGUUCAAGUUCUUAGGAAACUCACGCGAAAAACAUGAAGUAUGUCUCUCUGAGGAUCGCGGGCGUCAUGGCGCUGACAAAUCAAGCGAUGAAACAGAAGAUGAUAAAACGUUUCGCCAUCCAUCAUUAUUAUUGAUUAUGAAAUGGGGUGGUGAAUUAACACCGUUUGGACGAGAACAGGCUGUUGAAAUGGGCAAAGCUUGCAGGUGUAUGUAUCCUGGUGGUCGAGGGGAGUAUGCCAGUUUACCAGGGUGUGGUCUAUUAAGGCUUCACAGCACAUACAGACAUGAUUUGAAGAUUUAUGCAUCUGAUGAAGGAAGAGUUCAAAUGACAGCGGCUGCAUUUGUUAAGGGAUUGUUAGCCUUAGAAGGUGAGCUCACUCCAAUUCUGGUUCAUCUCGUUCGCUGUGACAAACAUGCGACUAAGAUGCUUGACACUAUUGCCGAUCCACAAAACCUAACGUUCAAAAUAAAAGGUCGUCUACACGAGUUCUUCAAUAUGGAUAAAGAUUUGGUGGAAGAAGAUUAUAAAACGAUAGUCCCUACUUCUUCUUUGUCGCAAAUCCAGGCUCUUAAGUUCAUUGAGAAUCCGUACAAGAUGUGUAAAAGAUUACAUACUCUUGUGCAAUCAUUGACUGCUCAGCUUCGUGAGAAGAUGAAAGAUCCUAAUGUGGAUCCACAAGAUCCGUCGCUUUAUCACAACGAAUGUUUGGAUCUGAUGGUCCAUCGUUGGAGUAAACUGGAAAAGGAUUUUAGACUACGAAAUGGAAAAUUUGAUAUCAGUUUGAUUCCUGAUAUUUACGAUUGCAUCAAGUAUGACGUUUUUCACAACAAACAGCUCAACUUGCGCGAUGGACAAGAGCUAUUCAAAUGUGCAAAAGCUUUGGCAGAUGUUGUUAUACCUCAAGAAUAUGGCAUUACAGCAGAAGAGAAAAUGAAAAUAUCAAGACGAACUUGCCAACAUCUUUGUAGGAAACUUCUUGGUGAUUUACGUCAUGCUGAUCAAUCAGAAACAACACAUCGUUUGAAUCCAAAAUAUUCUCGCGACAUUGUUACUCCUCAUCGUCAUGUGAGAACACGUCUUUAUUUCACAAGUGAAAGUCAUAUUCAUACAAUGAUUAACGCCAUUAGACAUGGCAAUCUUUGCGAUGAUGUUUCUGACGAAUUCUGGAAACGGACCAUGGAAUAUUUCUCCGCCGUUCCCGAGUUGAACUAUAUGACACAAACUGUUCUAAUGUUGUACGAGGAUCCUCAGGCAGAUAGUAAUUCGGAUAAACGAUUCCACAUUGAAUUGCACUUUAGUCCAGGUGUGAAGUCUCUAUUGGAUGAUGGUGGAAAAGAUUCCAUAAGUACUGCAUUUACUGGAGAAAAUAUUACAAAUCCAAGGGCUGUUGAAAUGACUUCACAACGAGCCGAGGACAAUGAUAGAUUGAAAAAUUGUAAAGCAGAGUCAAUUGAAAGAAAAAGGAAAUCGCCUUGUGGAGACGAGGAUGGAUCACUUUCAGAUUCAUCGAAGAGUGUUGAAACUGAUGGAAAAUUUACGACUGAUGGUGGUGGCAGUUCACCUGAGCCAGUUGAACAAACUUUAUCUGGUGUCGAAGAUGAGAAAAAAGAAAUUUUUCCAUGCAGAAGCAAAGCUGCCAGGUCUAUGUCUGAAUGCCAUGAGUAUUUGGAAAAAACUAGACUUAGGACGGAUGUCGUUGGCAGAAGUGAUUCAGAUAACUACAAAAUUAUCUCCAAGUCCUUAGAGUGCCUUCCAGGUCGGCCAAAGUUGUCUAAACCUCUCAACCGCUCAUCGUUGUUGCAUGACUCAAAGACUUCUAGUACAGAGAAAUCUCAAGAUCACUUUUUACAUUCUACCAUCUCUUCUCCGUCUAUAUUAAGGAGUCAAAGAGGUGUAACCAGUCUACGCUCGGCUCUUGGUCCUGUAUUUUCCGUUCCUGGUGUUCGAAAGUUGGCUCUAAAAAGUGCUGUACCGAUGGCGAAUGUUGUUACCCGCAAGAGAGCGUCGAUUACCGAGGAAACGUUCUUGCACGAUGCAACAGAACAUCAAGGAGAGGUGCAUUCGGUUUUAUCGUUGAUUCAUCCAUUGAAAACUUUACACAGUGCCAUACCGCUUAAGCAAAUGGAAAAUUUUCUAAAGGAGGUCAGUAGUUACACUGAACCGGACCUCACCCCUGAUCCGCAAACACUUUGGAAACAGUCCCAAGAACAAGAAAACAAGAAAAGUGAAGGCAGAAGUUCACCUCUCGUUAAGGAUCUUGCAGAGAGUAUUCCAAAAGGAAAAGAUGGUAUUGAUAUAAAGGAAUUUGAAGCAAACGAGAGUUACAAUGAUAAUUGAUUACAAAGACACAACCUGCAACCUGACAACUAGGCGAAAAGUUCACGAGCAACGGGGAAAAAUCAAUCAAAACAGUACUAACCUUUGGACUUCUGUGGAGAAGAGAAUCUCGUUUUCCAAUUGAUUAUUAACUAAUUUAUAAUCUGCAAAUGAAAUUGAAGGGGGUUCAUCUCAAGUGUAUUUUCGUAGUUUUGGAGAAAUAUUUACUGGCGUAACCAUAAAAAAGAACUCUUGGCAACGGUAGGUUGGGAUUUGCGGACAGUGGCACAGCUUAGCGGUCAAUACAUGUAUGGUGUCUGAGAGAAGACAUUGUAAGUUUUAAUUUAUUUUACUUUAGUUUUACAUUGAUCGCAUUCUGGAGUAAUUAUCUAAGUCUAUAUUUUUCUCAACAAAAUAGAAUUGAAAGGUUUGAGUAUGGUUGAAA